UUCAACACAGAGCGAAACAACAACACAAAAUAAUGUCUGACAAAAAAAAAAGAAAAAAAAGAGCCUUCUAGGGUUGUUGUUUUUUAACGCUAUAUACGUUCAUCAUCUGAUGUUGUUUGUGCAGCAAACUACAUGUUCACACGCUGCAUUGCUGCAGCUGUGCUUACACCGUAAGCACAAAUAUCCAUUCUAAAUGCAAAGUCUGAAUAUGAACUAUUCAUGAAUAUUAAUGCAGCUAUCAAUUAUUUUAGCAGGAAAUUAUCAAUUAAUUAGUUCGAAUAAUAGAGUACUCGGAUUGGGAACAUUUAAUGCGUUGCAGAAUACAUUUCAGGAGAUGUAAGACAAAAAAGCCUGCUAAAAUUGCACUUUCAAAAGAGCAUUAAAUGUUAAUACAAAAUAAAAUUCCUGAGUGUUUCUUCAAACUAUGCAGAAUUGCUCUUUCAUUUAAAAAUAAAAUACCUGAGCUUAGCCUCAAACAGUAUAUAAUAAAUAAAUGAGGAUCUAAGUACAACAAAAGAACAACUGGCUAACUUGCAUAGCAAAAGUCCGCUAGCUUAACUGCUAUAAAAUGUUAACAAUUUUUUUUACAAUGCUCUUAACAAAUUGUUCGAACCCAUAUUUCCACAAAAAAAUGCUAAAUAUACCUAUGAACUAAAUUACGAAUUUAUUAAAAAACAUUAGCUCUGUCAAAACCUUAGCUUAUGUUGGUCUUAACAGGGAUCAGCUGGAUUCAGCCAUGUUAAUUGAGUUUUGUCAUAUUCACUGUUGCCACUAGAGGGCAGUGUAUCAAAACAAACCAUUACGUCACUUUUAAUUAAAUGAAUACUCGAAGCAGCAAAAUUUGAUUCAAAGCUUUUUUUCUAAUGGAAUUACUCGAGUUAAUCGAUUAAUCGUUGCAGCACUAAUGAAAUUAAUUUGUAGGUUGAUAGGGGAAGUUGUAAUGUGUCUAAGUUGUCAAAUAAAAAACAAAAUGCAACUAAUUUGCUGUCAAGGACCAUUGUCUUUAAGUAAAGCACAUAUAUUAUAUUACAUUACAUUACAUUAUAUUAUAUUAUUUAAGAAGUAUGCGAGACGUGUGUGUCGUUUUUGAUAGGACAAUCUUCCGAGGCAUGUCUGAUGUUGCACACACAGAAGAAAAAAUGUUCAUUGGACGAAUACCAGGGAACAUGUUUACGUGCCUGCCUAAUCCUGAGCCAUUACCAGCUCCCCAGUGUAUGCCCACACUAUUUCAGUGGCAAAUUGAGCAGGAGAGACGUCGAUACGAAGGCGUGGCGCCCGAGUUGCUGAGCUUGCAGGACACAGAUGGCGACACAUGGCUUCACAUUGCUGUGGCUCAAGGCAAAAGGGCUUUGGCAUACAUGCUUGCUUCUAAGAUGGCAAACUCUGGCGCCUUAGAGAUCAAGGAGCACAAUGGACAGACGGCAUUUCAGAUCGCGGCGGCGGCCAAUCAGCACCUAAUUGUAGGCGACCUGCUCUGGCAUGGAGCCAACGUCAACACCAGAGACUCAUGGGGCCGCUCCCCUCUACACGUGUGCUCUGAGAAAGGAUUCUACCUUUGUCUACAGAGUAUCCAGGAAACUUUCUCGGCCUGUUCACACAUGAUCGAUACAGAAGUUUUCAAUUACGAUGGUCUUACACCGCUUCAUGUGGCAGUUUUGUCUCACAAUGCUGUUGAAAAUGAGUGGAGAAGACGAGCUCACACUUUUACCACGGACCUGUGCCAGUAUCAAUACCAGUACCAGAAAAUGAAACAAAUUUAUGUUCAAUGUGUGGAGACCCUGCUGAACAUGGGUGCCUCCUGCACUACAAAGGAUUUAAAAAGUGGUCGGACAUGUUUGCACAUGGCUGCCGAAGAGGCCAAUUGUCAACUGCUGAAUAUCUUCCUCAGGCAACCGUCUGCGUUGAACGUUGUGAACGACAAGACGUGCGGCGGCAACACAGCCCUGCACAUUGCCAGUUCCUUACAAAACAAUCCCAGUCAACUGGAAGCAGUGAUAAUGCUGAUGAUGGGAGGCGCUGACCCCACAGUCCGAAACUCGGAGAAUGAGCUGCCAUGGCAGCUGGCGCCUGGAGGACCCAUUGGUGAGAGGGUGCGUCAGAUCCUGGGAGGAAAAUAUGUUGAUGUUUAAAAGUACUCCAGAACAGAACACUGUCAGUCAGACGGUCUAUCUUGCAAAUAUUUGCCAUCAAAAGGCAGAUGUUGGUUGUUUCAGUGAAACAAAUCUUAACGUAACACUCAAUGAGCAAACACGUAAUACUAAUGUUUUUUUCUGUACUUAUAUGUGGUUUGAAGGGGUUUGAUGUUGUUUUUUCAUUUUAAAACUAGAGUACACUUCACAUUUUUGUCUUAAAAUUUGUGAGUCAAAACCAAAGGCGUAGGUUUGGUCUCAACAUUAGUAGGGAUAAUAUAACAGCAUAAUCCGUAUGUACACUUUUUGCUGGGGACGGGAUAUUAACAAAACCAGAUUAUUGAACGGGGGUCAGUGCCGCAUUUCUCACAAAUAUGUACCUAAUAAUGGAUAGGCAAAACUUUUAUGUGUAUUGGUUUAUGUGAAACAACGUUUGAUUCAAACCUUUGUUUUCAAUAAAUAUUAAAGA